UGUUGUGUUGUGAAAAUGGCGACGCCUCGUCGCUCCUCUCAGCAGCAGCAACAGCCGAAUUCCCUGCUGUCCUCCCCGCCCCGCGGCUCCUCGGGCCCCGGUGGCCCUCCUGGCUCUCCUCCGGCACCCGUCGACGAUGCCGCCCCGCUUCCUCCCCGGGACGGAUUGAUGGAGAGCCCGCCUGACGGUGAGGCAGACCCGGCCUCUCCCACAACUACCACCACCACCACCGCUACCAACAGCAGCAGCGGCUCUCCAUCUCUGGCCCUCACCGCCAGCAGCAGCACAACCAGCGGCAGCAGCAGCAGUGGCAGCUCCCCGACCACCACCGAGGGUACCGGGAGCAGCCCGGGCUCCACGCCCGAGUCGGGUUGCGGUAACCCGGGCAGCAGCAGCAGCAGCAGCAGCAGCAGUAGCGGUGGUGGUGGAGCUAACGGUGCCUUCAGGGAGCUGUUUGAAGCCUGUCGGACAGGGGAUGUUUCCCGGGUGAAGAAGCUCGUGGACGUGUUGAAUGUGAACGCUAAAGACAUGGCGGGACGUAAAUCCACUCCUCUGCAUUUCGCAGCAGGUUUCGGGCGGAGAGACGUGGUGGACCACUUACUUCAAACAGGCGCUAACGUGCACACGAGGGAUGACGGCGGUCUGAUCCCGCUCCACAACGCCUGCUCUUUCGGUCACUCUGAGGUGGUGUCCUUGUUGCUGUGUCAGGGCGCCGAUCCCAACUCUCGAGACAACUGGAACUACACGCCGCUGCACGAAGCCUCCAUCAAAGGCAAGAUAGACGUCUGUAUAGUGUUGCUGCAGCACGGAGCCGAUCCCAACAUCCGCAACACCGACGGCAAGUCUGCCCUGGACCUGGCUGAACCCUCCGCCAAGGCCGUGCUCACAGGUGAAUACAAGAAGGAUGAGCUGCUGGAGGCGGCGAGGAGUGGGAAUGAGGAGAAGCUAAUGGCUUUGCUCACCCCGCUGAACGUCAACUGCCAUGCGAGCGACGGACGCAAGUCCACCCCACUCCACCUGGCAGCAGGAUACAACAGGGUGAGGAUAGUUCAGCUGUUACUACAGCACGGAGCAGAUGUCCACGCCAAGGACAAGGGUGGUCUGGUGCCUCUACACAAUGCCUGCUCCUAUGGACACUAUGAAGUUACAGAACUUCUGCUGAAGCAUGGGGCGUGUGUUAACGCCAUGGAUCUGUGGCAGUUCACCCCGCUCCACGAAGCGGCGUCUAAAAACCGGGUGGAGGUCUGCUCCCUGCUGCUGAGCCACGGGGCCGACCCGACCCUGCUCAACUGCCACAGCAAGAGCUCCGUGGACAUGGCGCCCACUCCCGAGCUGAAGGAGAGACUCACAUAUGAGUUCAAGGGCCACUCGCUACUUCAAGCUGCACGAGAAGCCGACAUGGCCAAGGCCAAGAAGACGCUGGCGCUGGAGAUCAUCAACUUCAAACAUCCUCACACACACGAGACCGCACUACAUUGUGCAGUGGCGUCACCUCACCCCAAAAGGAAACAGGUGACGGAGCUGCUGCUGAGGAAAGGUGCCAACGUUAAUGAGAAGAACAAAGAUUUCAUGUCUCCUCUCCAUGUGGCUGCGGAGCGAGCUCAUAAUGAUAUCAUGGAGGUGCUACAGAAACAUGGCGCUAAGGUGAACGCGGUGGACACGCUGGGUCAGACCGCUUUGCACCGCGCCGCGCUGGCCGGCCACCUCCAGACCUGCAGGCUGCUGCUGGGAUACGGGGCCGACGCCUCGCUGCUGUCGCUGCAGGGUUUCACCGCUGCUCAGAUGGGAAAUGAAGCCGUUCAGCAAAUACUCAACGAGAACGUCCCGGUGAGAAACUCUGAUGUGGACUACAGACUUCUGGAAGCUGCUAAAGCUGGAGACCUGGACACUGUCAAGUCGCUGUGUACGGCUCAGAAUGUGAACUGCAGAGACCUGGAGGGACGACACUCGACUCCCCUUCACUUUGCUGCUGGAUACAACCGAGUGUCCGUGGUGGAGUACCUCCUGCACCAUGGAGCCGACGUGCACGCCAAGGACAAAGGCGGCCUGGUUCCCCUGCAUAACGCCUGUUCGUACGGCCACUACGAGGUGGCCGAGCUGCUGGUCAGACACGGAGCCUCAGUCAACGUGGCCGACCUGUGGAAGUUCACGCCGCUUCACGAAGCUGCCGCCAAGGGCAAAUACGAGAUCUGCAAACUGCUGCUCAAGCACGGAGCCGACCCCACCAAGAAGAACCGAGACGGGAACACGCCUCUGGACCUGGUGAAGGACGGGGACACCGACAUCCAGGACCUGCUCCGGGGAGACGCCGCCCUGCUGGACGCCGCCAAGAAGGGCUGCUUGGCCAGGGUGCAGAAGUUGUGCAGCCCCGACAAUAUCAACUGUCGGGAUACGCAGGGACGCAACUCCACCCCGCUGCACCUGGCAGCCGGGUACAACAACCUUGAGGUGGCAGAGUAUCUGUUGGAACAUGGAGCCGAUGUUAACGCACAGGACAAAGGAGGGCUGAUACCUUUACACAACGCUGCUUCAUACGGGCACGUGGACAUCGCCGCCCUGCUGAUCAAGUACAACACGUGCGUCAACGCCACAGACAAGUGGGCGUUCACCCCCCUUCACGAAGCGGCCCAGAAAGGACGGACUCAGCUCUGUGCUCUGCUGCUGGCCCACGGAGCCGAUCCCACCAUGAAGAACCAGGAGGGACAGACGCCUCUGGACCUGGCGACGGCGGAUGAUAUCAGAGCGUUGCUGAUCGAUGCCAUGCCACCAGACGCUCUGCCGAGCUGCUUGAAACCACAGGCCACCGUGGUGAGUGCGACUGUGUCGAGCAACGGUGCAGUAGGGGGCGUGGUCAUCUCUCCCUCGCCAUCCCCAUCCUGCCUCUCCGCAGCCAGCAGCCUCGACAACCUGACCACGCCCCUUGGGGACCUCACAGUGGGCGGGGCCACCGGUCCUGCAGAUGGAGCCUGUGGGUCGGACAGGAAGGAAGGAGAAGGUCUGCUCGACAUGACCAUCAACCAGUUCUUAAAGAGCCUGGGGCUGGAACACAUCCGAGACACCUUCCAACGGGAACAGAUCUCUCUGGACGUGCUGGCAGACAUGGGUCACGAGGAGCUGAAGGAGAUCGGCAUCAACGCUUACGGUCACAGACACAAGCUCAUCAAGGGCAUCGAGAGGCUGCUGGGAGGCCAACAAGGUGGAAAUCCAUACCUCACGUUCCACUGCUCCAGCCAGGGCACCGUGCUGAUCGACCUGGCAACGGACGACAAGGAGUUCCAGUCUGUGGAGGAGGAGCUGCAGAGCACCAUCAGAGAACACCGCGAUGGAGGCAACGCAGGCGGAGUCUUCAGCCGCUACAACAUCAUUAAGAUUCAGAAGGUGGUGAACAAGAAGCUACGGGAGAGAUACUCACACAGGCAGAAGGAAAUCGCAGACGAGAAUCACAACCACCACAACGAGCGCAUGCUCUUUCAUGGUUCUCCCUUCAUCAACGCCAUCAUCCAUAAGGGCUUCGACGAGCGCCACGCCUACAUCGGCGGCAUGUUUGGCGCCGGCAUCUACUUUGCAGAGAAUUCCUCCAAAAGCAAUCAGUACGUGUACGGGAUAGGUGGCGGAACGGGUUGUCCCACCCACAAGGAUCGAUCCUGCUACGUGUGUCACAGGCAGAUGUUGUUCUGCAGAGUGACGCUGGGGAAGUCCUUCCUCCAGUUCAGUGCCAUGAAGAUGGCCCACGCUCCCCCGGGACACCACUCUGUGAUUGGUCGACCCAGCGUCAACGGACUGGCGUAUGCAGAGUACGUCAUCUACAGAGGGGAACAGGCGUACCCGGAGUACUUGAUCACCUACCAGAUCGUGAAGCCAGAGAGUCCGGCCACGCCUUCUGCCACAGCGGAGCAGAAGUCCUAAGACCCGGUGGCAGCUGGAUCCAGAGACGCCAGAGGGCAGUGGACUAAACGCUGGUUCUCACGGGACUAGAACUGAACUAGCAGGCGUUUGAAAGUCUCCCGAGCUGAACUUGACGUGGACGAGCGUCGGACCAGGGGGACGAUCCUCGGAAAACAGACGUGCACUUGUCAAGACGGAGGGAGGACAAAGAGGAUGAGGAGGCAGUCUCUGAGUUAGGGGAUAUGAAACAUGCACAGUCAAGCUGACGGCGAAAAAAUCCAUCGCGUUCUGUAAUUAAAUGGAUCUAAUCUUGCAGAAGAAAAUGCAAAUGGUUUGAUCAAUGCCUCUGGAAAUGUACCAGUGAGCUAAUUUUUUAAUUUGUCGCCCGGUGGCUCGAUCCCAUAAACAAUUAAAGAGAGCGAUUACAACAGGACACAGAACCAAAGCAAAAUCAACAUCUCUGAUUUUGCUCCUUUGCAACACUCCACGUAUUCUAACCCCCCGUUUCUAAAUGUGUUGUGUUGUUACCGUGUCCUCGUUCGGCUUUUGUGCGUCAUCCACCGCAACGAAACAACACCUCGAGGCCACUUCCACAAACAGAGAUCGUUGUGCUGAGAGAAGAGAAGCUCCGCGCCGGCUCCUCACGUUUUUUUUAUUCUUCUAACCAACGGGGCUCAUGUGCACAAGAGACACUCACAUCGCCCCCCCGCUCUAAACACGGAGAGAACGAUGCAAUGAGCGUGAGCGCGGGGAAGGAAAAGAGAUUUACUGUGGACAGACGCCCAGGAGUCAAUAAGCAGAGAGCAAACUGGAGACCUCAGUGUUUGUCUGUCGAGUCUCCUCUGCACUUCACUACCAGGACCAUCUCCUGCACACACACACACACACACACACACACACACACAUACACACACUGAGGAGGAACACGGGCAUUACCCUCACAUGAGCGAGCAGCAACCAGUGUGUCCCACCUGACACCUGUCAAUCUGCCUUAAUUUCUCCUUAAUGGAGCAAAAUGUUUUUAUUUGCUUGAAAAUAUAGAUAUACAUUUUCAAAGUUUAUUUCUUAUCUUAGUUUCAUAUUAACGUGGCGGUUGCUGCUUGUAUUUAGCUCAGUUUAAAAAUAAAAGACCAAACUUCUUGAUCCAGAACCAGGGGCGUGUCCUACGAAGCAAGUUCCACAUAGUUCAUAACCUGUUGCAGCGAAAGUUAUCACUGUGAUUUACCUCGUUUUAUUAUUAAAUGUAUAAUACAUCAUUUCAGGCCACUCUGGUCUCAAUUUAAACUAUAACAAAAGAUUUAUUUCGAUGAUGGAGCUAAUUAUACUGAUUUGAAUCGACCUGUCGUGACUCGGGAGCAAAUCAUGUUCACAGAUGAGGUCAAAGUUGUAAAGUUUUAUUCAUGUUACACAAUAAACGGCGAAUGAAUAAUCAGGAUCUGUUACAAGAGAGCAAAUCAAUCAGUGGAAGGAAAAAGUUAAGUUAAAGCAAACACGAGGAAAGACGGUGGAAGUCGAGAGUAAAGAGACGACGCGAUUAAAGUCAAGAAAUCUCUCUGAGUUGGAAAAGUUUUGGAUGAUGUAAGAACACAAGUCGCACAACGUGUAUAACAAAGGUGGAUUCUAGACCAGAGUUAAAACCUGAAGUUACCUUCGAGAACCACACAUCCUGCUUCGUAGAACAAACCCCGGGUUCGACCACAAGGGACCAGAUCGUGACACUGUUCUAACUACAGACGUAAACAUGCACAUCUCCUCUUUAACAGAUUUACAACACGAGCCCGGAGAGAAAGUGACCAUCACUCCUCAGGAGGGAGCGCUUUGGUUUUACAGUUACUACCGAACGUUAUUUACAAAGUUCUGGAUCUGAAAAAUGGUCUCGUGCUGCUUCAACAUUCUCUCCUGCUUCAUGUGUUCUAACGUCUGUUGUUGUUGUUGUUGUUUACAUGAACCUGCUGCCUCUCCUCUCUACCUGGAACUGUCAGCGCCGCCCAGUGGUGGCACAGAAGAACUGUGGGCUCGCAGUAUUUAGCACGUCCAGUGUAGUUUUUUUUUUUUGGGAGGCAUUUAUCUUGAGGUCAAUUUCCACACGGUACUCGUUAUUUGUGUGGUUUUUCUUUUUCUUUAUUGUGUUACACUCCUCAAACAUUAAGAAACAUGUGAAGUGAGAAUAUUUUUUACAUAACCAGAGAAUUACUGAAGUUGAAAAUAACAGAUCCAUGGAUAACGAGAUGAACUAACUCCUCACACUAUACGUACUGUAAGUUUGACCUUUUUCUUAAUGACUCUGACCAUGUUUAUCUGUUGAUGUUUUUAUUAUUUAUCUGUAUUGUUUGUAUCUUAACGACACUGUACGUUACACGGGACCACGCGCGAGUUUCAUUUCCUUCAGGUCGAUCGAGUCAGAGCGAGUCAAAGGUUUUGAAAUUCCUUCAGACGACGGGGAAUGGAUAAAUGAAAGUGGCCUUACAUGUCUUUUGAACUUUGCCUUGAACUCGUUUGGAAACUCACAACGGAGUUUACCCCGAAUCGAACAGUAGCAGAAAGAAAGCUCGUUUAUAUUCUAUAUCUGACAAGCAGCGAGAGGAUCUGGGUUUUUAAUUUGAACACGUUUGAGUUCCUUUUAAUUCUGCUUUUAGAGUUUCUGCCGCUCGGACUCAGAUUCCAGCUGAUUUGCACUUUCAGGCGGGAGGUGAAGAUGACGUCGGUCUGAGCCUGAAACAAACUAAAAUCAAACCCUCGUUAGAACUCGGAGCUUAAACUCUUUGUUUCCCGCUAACGCUCGGACAAAUGAACUAAACCUUUUUUUUAAAUCAAUCUACUUUUUUAACUGUGACGUUUUAACAUCGGCUUUUUUCCUCCAGCCCACACGUUGGAUAUCAACAGUUCAUCCCCAACAGCAAUGAAUGAUAAGAGAAACGAUUUCUGCAGCUUCACAUGUCAACAAGUUAUAAUGUGAUUCAUCGAGGGGGAGGAAGUGGAAAAAGGAAAUUAAUUGAAACCGAAAAACGAAACGAACAAAGUGAUGACUACAGCAGGAAUGAGAAAAACUAAUAAGCUUGAAAUGAUAUUGUAAACGCUGCAGCACUGGGACACAAACACAGUGUACAUAUUCUGAUCCCCGUGUAAAAGGAGGUUCUAUCUGACAUUUCACACAAUGUUUAAUCUUAAUUUACAAAACUCUGAUCAGGGUUUUAAAAACUUUCUUUCACUCGAAGGGAGAAUCUAACAUUUCCCCGCGCUGUCUCUGGAUCUGUGGAAGAAGUUUCAGAUGAAGGCGUUUAUGUCGUCGACCCCUUCAGAGGUCGACGGCCCAGUUUGAUUUAUGUUGUUUUAAAUGAGACUGUAUAUACACUAACUCCAGAUGGGCCCAUUAAUGGGUCUUUUAUGGACAAUUUCCAAUUUAUGUUUCUUUCUUUUUUUCUUCUUCUUUGGAAGACUUUUCAAAGACUUUUUUUAUGUGACGAUAAAUAUUUGAAUUGUGUUUUAUUUUUUUUCUCGCUGGUCUCUGCUCAUCCAUCGAGAGCCAUGCGGCCAUCUUUGUAAAUAGGGAUUGUAAGAGAGUGUGUGCGAGUGCGUGUUGGAUCGAUCCAUCGCUCACGUUCCGACCUGCCUUCUACCAAAAGCCACAAGUUUGAUGCCCACAUUUUCUCAUGGGUUUUGUUUGACCCGCUGUUGUACAGACGGUUGCACAGAGCUGCCCGACCAGCGAACUCUUAAAACAGAGAAACUCUUGUACAGAUGAAAAUCCUUAAUAAAAGAACUUGAAGUGG